UCUGAAUUCUCUACCAGCUCGAAGUCGUCGACCGCACGCAACAGUUGGCUAUCCACGUACACGCGAGGAGGAGAUGGGGAGGUCGAUGAGGGGUCUCCUCGCCGUCGUGGCGUUCGCGGCGGUGCUGAGGCUCGGGCUCGUCGGCGCGAACUUCGCCGACCUGUGCGACAUCACAUGGGAGCCGCAGAACGCCGCGAUGACGGACGGAGGGGAGCACCUCACGCUCUCCCUCGUCAGCAACAUCUCAGGCAGUAUGCUCCGGACCAAGAAGACGUUCAUCUACGGCAGCAUCUCCACCUUGAUCAAGCUGGUCAAGGGAAACUCGGCCGGCACCGUCACCACCUACUACACGUCGUCGGUGGGCGACGACCACGACGAGAUCGACUUCGAGUUCCUGGGCAACGAGACGGGCCAGCCCUACACCAUCCACACCAACGUGUUCGCCGACGGCGUGGGCGCCAAGGAGGUGCAGUUCUACCCCUGGUUCGACCCCACCGCCGACUUCCACAACUACACCAUCUUCUGGAACCCCUCCAUGAUCGUGUGGUUUGUGGACAGCAUCCCGAUCCGCGUGUUCCGCAACUACGCGAGCAAGGGCGUGCCGUUCCCGACGAAGCGGCCGAUGUACGGCUUCUCCAGCAUCUGGUCGGCGGACGAC